AGAGAGAGAGAGAGAGAGAGAGAGUUCCGUUUGUGGCAAAUGAUAGGGUGAGUGUCUGAGAGUUCGAUAAUAUUAGCUGGCAAAAGGUUGUCUGGAUCAUCCAACGGUUCAACUGCAUUUGUUUCCCCCUCCCAUAGGGUUUUGAGGGUUUUGAUUUUUUUUCUCUUGAUCCGAUGCCAAUUUCAACCAGGAUCGUUGGAAUCUGAAGAAGCAGACCCAAAAGGAGGGUUGUUGAGAAGGGUUGUUCUUGAUUUAUUGAAAGAUCUGGUGGUUGGCUGGUGGAAAUGAGCGCGUCGAGGUUCAUAAAGUGCGUGACGGUCGGCGAUGGUGCUGUUGGCAAAACCUGCAUGUUGAUUUCCUACACCAGCAACACUUUUCCUACGGAUUACGUGCCGACUGUUUUUGACAAUUUUAGUGCAAAUGUGGUUGUUGAUGGGAGUACUGUCAACCUUGGUUUAUGGGAUACUGCUGGUCAAGAGGAUUACAAUAGGUUAAGACCUUUGAGCUAUCGUGGAGCCGAUGUCUUUCUUCUGGCGUUCUCUCUCAUUAGCAAGGCCAGCUAUGAAAAUGUUGUAAAGAAGUGGAUUCCUGAACUGAGGCAUUAUGCUCCUGGUGUUCCAAUAAUUCUUGUUGGGACAAAGCUUGAUCUUAGGGAUGAUAAGCAGUUUUUUGUAGACCAUCCAGGUGCGGUGCCCAUUACCACAGCUCAGGGUGAGGAGCUGAGGAAAUUGAUUGGAGCUCCUGCAUACAUUGAAUGUAGUUCAAAAACACAGCAGAAUGUGAAAGGAGUUUUUGAUGCAGCCAUUAAGGUAGUGCUCCAACCACCCAAACAAAAGAAGAAGAAGAAGAAGGGGCAAAAAGCCUGCUCCAUUUUGUGAUCCAAGUGAAGAGUAGGUUUGUCAGAAGAUAAGAUGACCUAUCAGUUUCUCUCAAUGCAGUCUGUCCGCCGCUUUUCUAGUUCUUUCCCUUACAGAAAGCAGCAAGCCUUUUGUAUAGUCUCCACCGACUUAGUAGGGAUUAAUUACUGUGAGGCCUCAGGUGGUUUGUUUCUUGCUGUACUGGAUUUCAUGCUUUGUAAUUGGUUGACUAGCAUUUCUUGGUGACAAGCAGACGACUAUUUGCUCCUGUUUAGACUUCUCUCAUGUAUUAACUAAAUGCGAUGAAGAUGCUUACUAUAAAGUAACUGUUUGUUACCUGCAUAUUAAUGUUUAUGACCUAUAUUUCACAUUGCUGUACUGGGAGGCUCUUUAUAAGUUGGAUGUUGAAUAGGCG